ACAAACCAACCAACGAAUGGAAGCACAUCAAGGAGGGAAGAACAUAGGGAACAAUAGGGAGGUUCGAUACAGGGGGAUUCGACGGAGACCGUGGGGGAAGUUUGCAGCGGAGAUUCGCGAUCCGACGAGGAAUGGCGCGCGGUUGUGGCUUGGAACUUUCGAGACGGCCGAAGAAGCUGCAAGAGCCUAUGACAGGGCCGCUUAUGCUUUCCGGGGUCACUCGGCUAUUCUCAACUUCCCGAACGAGUACCAAUACCAGAAUCCGACAUUGCCUCCACCGUCUUCGGCUUCAUCGUCUGCUAGAGGGCGUGGAGCUGAAGUUAUUGAAUUUGAGUGCCUGGACAACAAGUUGUUAGAGGAUCUUCUUGAAACGCAAGAAGAUAGGCAACCCUUAUAGGAACAAAUGAAUUAAGUUUUUAGCAAGUUUUAUUAUACAUAUUUGAUUAAUUCAACUGUUUUUUUUUUUUACUGUAAGCAACUGGAAUUCAAUAACUUGAUUCUGAUUUUGCAUUA